AUGGCAGAGGCCGGGCCCCAGGCGCCGCCGCCCCCGGGCACGCCAAGCCGGCACGAGAAGAGCCUCGGACUUCUCACUACCAAGUUCGUGUCACUUCUGCAAGAGGCCAAGGACGGUGUGCUUGACCUCAAGCUGGCAGCUGACACCCUAGCUGUGCGUCAGAAGCGGCGGAUUUACGACAUUACUAAUGUACUGGAAGGCAUCGGGCUGAUUGAGAAGAAAUCCAAGAACAGCAUCCAGUGGAAGGGCGUGGGACCUGGCUGCAAUACCCGGGAGAUUGCGGAUAAGUUGAUUGAACUCAAGGCGGAGAUCGAGUUGCUGCAGCAACGGGAACAAGAACUGGACCAGCACAAGGUGUGGGUGCAGCAAAGCAUCCGAAAUGUCACAGAGGACGUGCAGAACAGCUGCUUGGCCUACGUGACUCAUGAGGACGUCUGCCGAUGCUUUGCUGGAGAUACCCUUCUGGCCAUCCGGGCCCCAUCAGGGACCAGCCUAGAGGUGCCCAUCCCAGAGGGCCUUAAUGGGCAGAAGAAGUAUCAGAUUCAUCUGAAGAGUCUGAGUGGUCCCAUUGAUGUGCUGCUGGUGAACAAGGAGGGCUGGAGCUCACCACCUGUGGCUGUGCCUGUCCCACCACCUGAAGAUCUGCUCCAGGGCCCACCUCCGGUCUCUCCCCCUCCACCUCUGCCUACACCUGCCCAGCCUCAGGAAACCUCACGGCCAAGUAGUCCCCAGCCAUCCACCCCUGCACCUGUCUCCAGCAGCAGCGAGGCCCACGGGGCGGCUGGUCCAGUAGCUGAAAGCACAGUGAGUUUCAGCCCCGGAACGGACAGCAAGGACAGUGGUGAGCUCAACUCGCUUCCUCUGGGCCCGACCGCACUGGACACUCAGCCGCUGCAGUCUUCUGCCCUGCUGGAUAGCAGCGGCAGCAACAGUUCAUCAGGACUCAAUCCUUCUACCUCCUUUGAGCCAAUCAAAGCAGACUCCACAGGUGAUCUGGACUUCACUAAAGAGUUCUCAGAAAUCCUGGAGCCCACGACAGAAUGCAUGAGCUCAGAGCUGCUAGAGGAGCUGAUGUCAUCAGAAGUGUUUGCCCCCCUCCUCCGGCUCUCUCCACCCCCUGGAGACCAUGACUACAUCUACAACCUGGACGAUAGUGAAGGUGUCUGUGACCUCUUUGAUGUGCCUGUUUUUAACCUCUGA